UCGAAGCAUGAGGGGAUGAUGACGGGUGUUCGAUAUAAUGGUGUUGAUAAUCUGAUGGAAGUUCACAAUAGAGAAGACAGCAGAGGGUAUUGGGAUCUGGUCUGGGACGGAACUAAAGCCUACGGUAUAUUUGAUAAGAUAAAAGGAACGAAAUUUAGAAUAAUAUUUCAGAGUGAAGAGCAGGUAGAGGUUUCAUUCACAAGAACGUGGACUCCAUCACUCAAUGGCACACUUGUCCCCUUAAACAUAGACAAAAGGUUUGUAAUGCUCCGCGGCAGCUCAGGAUUUUACACCUAUGCAAUCUUUGAACACCAGAAAGGAUGGCCUGACUUUGAUAUAGCGGAAAUCAGGGUUGUUUUCAGGCUUAACAAAGACAAGUUCCACUAUAUGGCAAUAUCAGACAACAAGCAGAGAAUUAUGCCCAUGCCUGAAGAUCGUACGCCUGAAAGAUGUCAGCAGUUAGCAUACCCUGAGGCUGUUCUCCUCACUAAUCCAAUUAAUCCGCAACUCAAAGGAGAUGUGGAUGACAAGUAUCAAUACUCCUGUGAAGAUCAAGACAACAAGGUCCAUGGAUGGAUAAGUUUUGAUCCUCCAAUUGGCUUUUGGCAAAUCACUCCCAGUGAUGAAUUCCGAACGGGAGGACCUCUUAAGCAAGAUCUAACCUCUCAUGUUGGUCCUACAACCCUUGCUAUGUUUGUUAGCUCUCACUACUCCGGGGAAGUACUUAAAUUCAGGUAUGGAGAGUACUGGAAAAAAGUUUUUGGCCCUGUGUUUGUUUACCUUAAUUCCGCUUCAGAUGGGAAAAAUCCAAAGGCGCUCUGGCAGGAUGCAAAAAUGCAGAUGCAGAGAGAAGUCAAGAGUUGGCCUUAUAGCUUUCCGGGUUCAAAGGACUUCCAAAAGAGCUCAGAAAGAGGUUCUGUUAGUGGUAAACUACUAGUUCGAGAUAGGUACAUACAUGGGGAAGACAUAGAUGCAAAUGGUUCUUAUGUUGGUUUGGCUCUACCAGGAGAAGCAGGAUCGUGGCAAAGAGAAUGCAAGGGAUACCAAUUUUGGACCAGAGCAGAUGCCAAUGGGAGUUUCUCAAUUAGAAAUGUCCGAACUGGACAAUAUAAUCUUUAUGCAUGGGUUCCUGGCUUUAUUGGGGAUUACAAAUAUAAUGCAACUAUAACAAUCACCUCAGGAAAUAAUGUUGAUUUGGGUGACCUUGUUUUUGAACCACCAAGAGAUGGUGUCACCUUAUGGGAAAUAGGCAUCCCUGACCGUUCUGCUGCUGAAUUCUAUAUUCCAAAUCCAAAUCUCAAAUAUGUUAACAGACUCUACAUCAAUGAUUCAGCUGAUAGAUUUAGACAAUAUGGUCUAUGGGAGAGAUAUGCAGAUUUAUAUCCAAACAGAGAUCUUGUCUAUACAAUUGGUGAAAGCGACUAUAAGAAUGAUUGGUUCUUUGCUCAAGUUACCAGGAAGACUGAUCAGAACUCAUAUAAACCAACCACGUGGCAGAUUAAGUUUCAUCUUGAUAGUGUUAAUCCAUCUGGAAGUUAUAAUCUUCGAGUAGCACUUGCAUCUGCUACUCAUUCUAAACUACAAGUUCAUUUUAACAACUUGAAAGCAAAUCCUCCUCACUUUACAGCAGAGCUGAAUGGCAAGGAUAAUGCAAUUGCAAGACAUGGAAUCCAUGGAUUGUAUUGGUUGUACAAUAUCAAUAUACAAAAUAAUUGGCUCGUUCAAGGUGAUAAUACGAUAUUUCUCACUCAGCCUAACAGCCAGAGCCCUUUUCAGGGAAUUAUGUAUGACUACAUCCGUAUGGAAGGACCCUCAAACUCUUAA